CAUUUCGGACGCUGUAAUUCAAUGCCGUCAACCUGCAGCCACUGUUGAUGUUUACUAUCAAUGCGUUUUUAUCAAACAAUACAGCCCCGCAGUAAUGGACUGAACUGGACAUUGAUUAUUAUUUGUCAUUUCUGUCUCUUCAUAACUACUGCGCAAACCGCCGAUUUGCCUGGUUUCGGUGGUGGCGACAGUGGCUGUUUUCAAAGCUCUGGAUAGCAGUCUGGGCAGUCGGGCUGUACGGCUGCAAACGGCCCCCUUUCAGCACCGUCCUGCUCUCGCAAUGAUGUUUAUUUUAUAAAGAUGGCCGUGAGCGGGACCCUCUAAACUAAAUGACUGUCAGAAAUAUCGCCUCCAUUUGUAAUAUGGGCACCAAUGCCUCCGCCCUGGAAAAAGACAUUGGUCCGGAGCAGUUCCCCAUCAACGAACACUACUUUGGAUUGGUCAACUUUGGCAACACAUGCUACUGCAACUCGGUUCUGCAAGCCCUGUACUUCUGUCGGCCGUUCCGGGAGAACGUGCUGGCCUACAAGGCCCAGCAGAAGAAGAAGGAGAACCUGUUGACCUGCCUGGCUGACCUGUUCCACAGCAUUGCCACACAGAAGAAGAAGGUGGGCGUCAUCCCGCCCAAGAAAUUCAUCUCACGCCUGCGCAAGGAGAACGACCUGUUUGAUAACUACAUGCAGCAGGAUGCGCACGAGUUCCUGAACUACCUGCUGAACACGGUGGCGGACAUCCUGCAGGAGGAGAGGAAGCAGGAGAGGCAGAACGGCCGUCUGAAGAAUGGCACCGUCGCCGUGGAGACAGAGGAGAACAAGGCUGAGCCCACCUGGGUGCACGACAUCUUCCAGGGCACGCUGACCAAUGAGACGCGCUGCCUCAACUGCGAGACGGUCAGCAGUAAAGACGAGGACUUUCUGGACCUCUCUGUGGACGUGGAGCAGAACACGUCAAUAACACACUGUCUAAGGGACUUCAGUAACACAGAAACUCUGUGUAGCGAAUACAAAUACUACUGUGAAACAUGCUGCAGCAAGCAGGAGGCCCAGAAACGAAUGAGGGUGAAGCGCUUGCCGAUGAUCCUGGCUCUGCACCUGAAGCGCUUUAAGUACAUGGAGCAGCUGCACCGCUACACCAAGCUGUCCUAUCGCGUGGUCUUCCCCCUGGAGCUCCGCCUCUUCAACACCUCCGGAGACGCGGUCAACCUGGACCGCAUGUACGACCUCGUUGCCGUGGUGGUGCACUGUGGCAGCGGACCGAACCGAGGCCAUUACAUCACUAUCGUAAAGAGUCACGGCUUCUGGCUGCUGUUUGACGAUGACAUCGUGGAGAAAAUUGACGCUCAGGCCAUCGAGGAGUUCUACGGUCUGACCUCUGACAUUUCCAAAAACUCAGAGUCGGGGUACAUCCUGUUCUACCAGUCCAGGGAUUGACAGAGAGGAGGAGCAAGAGCCAGCAGCCAGCACUACACGCCCCCCCCUCCCGGUGGCUACCUCGACCCCGCCCUGCCCUUCUCCCCCCACCUCUCUGUCUCAGGACCCCCCUGAGUCAUGUGCCAACAACUCCCCCAGACCUGCCCACAGACAUACGUCAACUGUCAGGCCAAUGAAGAAGCCUCUCUCCCAGACGCUGCCCCACACGGCAUGCUGGGAUUGCUCUCCAUCAAACUGCUUUCAAUCCAGGGCCACCUGCAGCUGGAAGGCACUUUAUAACAAUGACAAAACAAAAAAAACAACCAGCCUGGUCCAAACAACCCCGGAGAUUCCAGAACCUGGCAGAUUUCAGCCGCUCGGCUUUUCACUAAACAGUCUGGUAUGUUUUCUUCGUGUGAGUGCAGAUUCUGUCCUCUCUGCAGGAAGAUGGGGCUGGGAGGGGCUCCUUCUUCAGGCCUGCCCC